AUGUUUUAUUUUCACAUAGGACCCAGUGGUCCAAAUGGUCUGAGUGGCCCCCCUGGACCACCUGGACCACCUGGACCUCCCGGCACCGUGGAGAAAGUUUCUUUCUCUGUGAGACUGGGCAACAACAACCCCGACACUGGCGUGCCCAUGACCUUCCGAGAAGUCAUCUACAAUGGACAGAACAGCUCUGACAUCAGGACAGGGUAUCUAGCAUGUUCAGGUAUUUAUGAGUUCCAGUCCCACAGGGUCAUCUUUCACAGCACUGGGAGUGUGGAUUGGAUGCGUAACGGAGAGCGGUUUCUGCACUCAUUCACCACCCAGCGGAGCAGUUACAUCACAGCCAGUGGCAGCAUGCACAUUAAGCUCAAGAGGGGACACAGGGUCCAUCUGGUGGCCAACAACAGUGACAAUGGUCCGAUCCGUGACAGCAUCUUCUCAGGGCAUCUUCUGUUUACUGAGUGGGAUACUGUUCUUUAUACAGCUGUUGACUCGCAAUACCAUCUUAACACUGUGAAAGUAAUCUGUUUUGACCAUUUAAGUCUAAGAAGCAAUCCUUAAACGCUAUCAAAACCUGAUCUUUUAUGAAAAGCGCAAUGAGAUAACUGUUGUUGUGAUUUUGCGCUAUGUAAAUAAAAUUGAAUUGAACUGAACUUAAUCAAAAGGGCGAGAUAAGUCAACAUUUGCAGUUUUCUGCAUUACAAUUACAGGUGCUCUAAAUUAUUCAGAUUUGACCUUUUCUCAGGUUUAGCUUAAGCAGAGCUGUGCUGAGAGUUUGUAGAAUUCACCAGUCUCUACUAACAUGGAUCAAAAAUGUGGAAAAGUUCUAAAGCAAUUGAAGACAUGAUAGUAUCUUAAAAUAGACAUUUUUGUAUAGUAGAGCUUGCUGACAGAUAAGCACAAUGUUUAAAGAUGUGGCAUUAAUAUUGUGAAAACUACCUGACUUUAUACGUGAUAUUUUUCUUAAUUUUCUUUUGACUUAAUCCUUUAUCUUUUAAAAU